AUAUAUAUACACGAAUGAAGUUGAUAUUUACAUUUAUUGAGGGCUAUAGAGGUUAAGUCACACAAUAUGCUAGUCAAUAAAUUGAUAACGAGUUCAUCAUUUGCAAUAGUUAAAUAUAAAACUUCUCACUUACAGAGUAAAAUAAUACUACUAUAGAACGGAGUUAUAAAUAAUCCCUUCUAAAUUUUUAGGUUAACUAAUAAUAAAACGUGUUACAAAGUAGGAAAGUUGGUGGCCAAAGAAAACCCAGCUGCCUCUCUUUCCUUCACAAUCUCCCCCUUUAUACAUACAAAUCCCAAGCCCCCCUUCUUACACUAAACCCAGAUAAACUCAUCAUCGAAACCCCUCUUUAUUUUCUCAAAUUUCACAGAAAUAUUUACUUAAUUUCACUUGCAAAUGGCAUUUAGGAGGAGGAUUAAUGAAUUAAUGGUGCUAACUUUGGUCUUUUUUAUGGCUUUGUGGGAAGGAGGCAGAGUUGUUGCUCAAUCUUCAAGUUGCACCAAAGUGAUAAUUAGCAUGUCCCCAUGCCUUGAUUAUGUAACAGGAAACUCAUCAUCCCCAUCUUCCUCAUGCUGCUCACAGUUUGCCAAUGUAGUCAGCUCUCAGCCACAGUGCCUCUGUGAGGUCCUCAAUGGAGGUGCUUCUUCACUUGGUGUGACUAUCAAUCAGACUCAGGCCUUGGCUCUCCCCUCUGCCUGCAAUGUCCAAACUCCGCCGGUUAGCCGCUGCAACGGGUCUUCCGCUCCAGCAGCUUCUCCUUCGCCAUCAACUGACGUGGGGUCUUCAGAUGCAAAUUCUAACAAGUUGGCAUUUUCUCUGCUGUUCUUCUUGCUCUUCGUUGUAUCAUAUGCCUCAACAUCCACAGCCAAUUUCUAAGCUCUUAUGCCAUGGAUGUAUCUAGCUAGAUUACUCCUUGAACUAUAGGGUGCCAUAUUGCUGUUCCAAUUUUUGCAAAUUGUAAGCUUUUGGUGUUCCUGUAGGGUUACGAGACAUUAUUAUAUAUUUCUCGAGAGUUAAGGAUGGGAUUGGCUAUCUUCAUAUUAGUAAUAAGUAUGGUAACGUGAUUUCUGGUUGUGUAUUGCCUUAUGUCUCUCUCUUUUGUCUUAAGCUAUUCCGGUUGGUAAUUGACUUGGGCUUCGCCGUUUGGCUUGAUGGCCUGUUUUGUAA